AAGCAGAGUUGUUUAUUUUUCAGUCAAGCAUCUUUCAUGUGCACACUGAAUGAUGAAUGUAAGGAAAAAAUAGCCACAUUGGAGAUAAAAUGCUCAUUUAUCUGCUUUUCUUCCAAGUUUUCCCCCCUGAAACACACUGCUUCCUCCAAAACCUCCUUAACUUAACCCAUUUUAGAUACACUUUCAUACAAGAAUGCCGUAUGCACUUCAUUUGCGACACUAUCUUAAUGGCAUCCGAUACGCAAGCUCAUGGAAUCAAAUAUCUCUAUUGACCCAAUUAUGAGACGACACUGAAUAUAAGACAGCCCCAUUUUUGAUCCCGCUUGGGGUGAAGUCAGUUUCUGGUUUGCAUGUACAAACCCUGAAUACAAGACAAGAAAAAGACCGUCUUGUUUUUGGUUCAGUUGGAAACACCUGAAGUAUGUUGCAGUGUUGUAGUACGUUAGUCGUCCCUCGCCGGUUGCAGUUCCAAUUUUGCAGCUUCACUCUGUCACGGUUUUUCAAAAAGAUAUUCAUGAACAAAUCAUGCUGUUUUGUGGUGGAAUACGGCCUAACAUUAGUCAAAACGUGCAAAUUUAAGAUAAUCUUACAUAUCAUUUGCCGAAAUGAAGCAUUUUCAAGCAUAAAAAUGGCUCAAUUAAGUAAAAUACAAAUAUAAGGCAUUCAGUAGACGCAUUCAGAGACGCUGCCGCAGUAUUCUCCACUAGUCACUGGGUGUCAGUAAUGUCACUGCAAAUGUUCAGUGAGACUCACAAACACCAGACUUGAUCACCGGGACAACAGGCUUUUAUUGCAGGUUUGAAUGAUCUCACAACAGGCACAAUAAUCCCUCAUGAUAAUCCCGAAUAAAAAGACGGGCUACUGUUGUGACCGUAACCCACGGCAAGAUGAAACUCAACGCACGGACUUCCUGUCUGCCACUCUCACUGCUAGGGAACACAUUAAUGGCAACACACACGAGCACGAGUCUUAUUUAUGUCUUGUUAUGAUGUCUACUACUGUUUGUUGGGUAAUACAAGUCUAAAGGCGACUGUAGACUGUAUAUAAAAACUAGCAAAGAUAUGCAAUGGAAACUCUAUCCAUAAAAGGAAUGCUUCCCGAGUAGCAGGUCGUCAGGAACAUAGAAAGUAACAAACAGAUACAGGUUCAGCAAACACAUGAGUGAUUAAGGCAGGCAGGAAAAUACUCGGACAACCAAGAGCUAGCUCAGGGAGACUAAAUGUUGAAUGGCACCAGCUGCAGCUGCUCGUGGCUCCGCCCCGCACCGAGCUACCGGAAGCCUGAGGAGAAUAGAGCGCACAGGAAGUACCAAGCAACACAAUAAAGGCAUGCAGCCUGAACUGUGACAUGCAUUACUUGAAACUACUACCAUCAUAAACAUGUAGUCCCUACUGGGAAUGGACUUUGCCAAUCAGUUGAUGAAUCAGUCGAGGCAAAAUGGAGAGCACCCCUUGGCUGUGACCAGCAGAGGUGCCGUUGUUAGUUAGAAUGAAUUUGUCCAAUACAACACUGGCAUGGAAGUAGCAUUUUAAAGCACAUGUAGAGGUAGAUACAAUUUCUUGUGGUACUUCAAACGCAGCUAUCUCGUGGAGUUCAUAACAGUAAUGCAUUUUUGAUGUGUUUGGAUCAGGCGUUGUUUAGGACAUUGCAACAGAAUCCACACGUCUUCAAGAUUCGUCAGCCCCAAUCCAAUGGUCCGUGUUUGUUUGUCCAGCUGAACGUGUUGCUGCAACUCCAUAAUAUCACAUGCAGUUGUGUGUACGUGCGUGUUUAUGCGCCCACCCGCCUGUGCAGCGCCUGUCAACGCUGUCAGCAGUCGUUCUGGCCGACAGCCCGGUGGCGUGUCGAACAACAGCCCCUUUUUACUCCCUCGACCGAACACAACGCAAAACAUCUGUUUCACCCCGGCCGCCAUGUUUACAGCUACUUCUCCCCAUACGUUCCUGCACCCUCGUACCUGCGCCGCCAUCAUCAUCACCAUUCCAAUAUCCGCCACAUUCCCCUAAUAACAACAUGCCGGGAAGUGAUCUGCGCUGUCCAAACACAAUGUCACAGCUCUUCAGACGUAUCCAAUUCCGAUGUCACGGCUGCAUGAGGCAUAGUCUCCAGGUGGAUUUGAAAAGAUUCUUAGCGGACGGCUUAUUCCUUGUGUACACACGCACACCUCCACACACAAUAAGCUAAGCAAUCUGGAGAUUUGUAAUGCUUUUUGGCCUGGCGCCGCUAAUGUGCUUCAUGCUUGUUUAAGGUCUUUGCAUGCUCCUUUACAAAGGUGCAUUGUGAUCGCUGCUCCUUAUUACCUUCCUUGCUCUGUAUUUGAAUGCAGAGAUGAUGUAUUAUUUUUCCACUCUGUAUGCCCAUUAAUGUAGCCCGGGAAUGCCUGUGUAAACAUUCUUGUUUCUCUGUCCCUUUUUCGCAUAAUAGUCGCCUGUAUCGCCUUUCUCCUGACCUCACUAUCUGAAACCAAUUACACCAGUUCCAUCUUAUUUUCAUAAGGAUCCCCGUGUCGCGGUCUCGGUCGCCCCCUGUUAUUUUCCCUCCUCUUAUUUAUUUUUUUCCGAGCUCAGUGAUAGAUAUCAGCAUCAAAUAUGCCUCUGAGUGCUUUGUUAUUUAUACAGCAGCCUCUCUCGCUCCUUCUCAAGAAUGUGUCACAUUGUGCUGUUUAUACAAUGUGUGCAUUCAUAGAUGUCAUCUUUCUGUUCAUAGCAACAGCAGGUAUGCACUUUGCAAUGUCUACGUCCUCUCAAGCAAACUUUUGAUGACUUUUCUGUCCAUUUUGUGCUGUUUGGUGCUUUGGACGGUCAUGCCUGCAUACUCAACUUGGAUGCACAUUGCAGACACACUUGCAUACAAAGCAGUGGCGACUGUGUUCCUCCUGUCAAGCAGACAGAUCAAUGCAUUUAGAACCCAGUUCCUGAGUAAAGUGUUUGUUUACUUGAGAGCCUGUCUCCUCCUGUGCAGACACCACCUCCCCAAAUGGAGGUGGUGACAUUCCCUCGAGGGCCUAAAAAGCGUGGCAACUUAUUUUUUUGUGCCUCCUCAAUCUCAUUUUUCUGUUUGCUCAGGAUCUCAAUGUACUUGUUCAAACACUGUUCCCACCUGCUGGUAAAGCUUUGCCAUAUGCACGUCCUGACUGACAACGCAGCUGUUGUCAUGGAUACCGCCACGCAUACAAAUAAGAGAAGUUGUCGUCUUUUCCCUGCCCUCACCAGAAAGAAGCAACCUGUAAAGUUUGCAUGGUGCUCGUGGGCCUGCUGCUGCCGCUGUUGCAGCGACGUAGAGCAGCAGCUGUGCACGACGUUGUUCCCCCUCCCCGACGCGCUCUUUCAUCCAGAUGCUCUUGAAGAAGCUGCAAGCCCAGCUGCCACCAGCUGGUGUGUGUGGAAUGAAAUCAGGCUGCGCUCACACUUACGGCUCGGUGUUCUGGUGCGGACCAGAACUUUUGUGCACGUUAGUGCGGUUUGCUUAGGUAUUGUUGUCGUGUAUGCAUACUGAAGUAAGGACUUGGUUGGGCAGCUUUUGUGACUUGUUAUGUGCCUUCAAACAGACAGGAAGAGGGUUCACUGCAUUGGUUCAGUAGAAACGCUUCAUAGAACAACGGCGAACAGAGUGAGACCUCCUGUCAGUUGUACAGACGCUUUGUCUCUGUGGCGGAGGCGGGGCCGCUAGCAUAUGCAGAGCCAAAGAGUGGAGCCUCGUAAGGAGCAAUGCAAGGUAACGUCGAAGUUAGGAGGGAAAAAGAUCACGUCAUCUUUCCUGCUAAAUAUAUCAAAAAGUUGUACCGCACGAUAUUGUAGUUAUUAGCUGAUCACGCAAAAAGAUAUUCCAACCAGUCACCUUGACUUAUGAUUUCAAAACAACUUAUCUAUCAAUUUGUUUGUAAAAAUAUGUACUCAUCAAAUGCAUGGGCGAUUGUGACGUGGCCCUCAAUGAAAACAAGUUUGACACCCCUGCUUUAGACAGAUUCCGGCCAGGGAAUCCUUUUAAUCAUCUUUUUUCAUACAGUAUGUGUGGGUGUGGUUUAUUUGUUCAUAGAACGCACACAGAAUGACGAACGACAACGGCUUCAAAAACAAAGUUGCAAACUCAAGAAAGAAGUCGCAGCAAAGAAUGAAGUAGUGUCAAGGUUCCUAGUUAACACAGGUUUCAAGGGGAGUAGUUUAAAGGUGACGCAUAACAGAAAGUGUGUAGUGAGGGUUGUACCUGCUGCUGAAGUUGACAGUAAAGUCCAAGUGAGGAAGCAUAUGGUUGGAACCAUCCACUCUUGAAUGACUGGAAUGAAACAGCAUCUCCGUCUUUGCUAGUUGAGGCCCUACAAGCAGCAAGGCAAUUACUCUUGCAGCAGCCAGGCAGUGGCCUGAAAUCUCCAAAGAGCCAGGACAAGCAGCGUCCACUGCAGGUUCCAGUCUCAGUGGCCAUGAUGAGUCCCCAGGUGAUCACGCCGCAACAGAUGCAGCAGAUCCUCCAGCAGCAGGUCCUUUCCCCUCAGCAGCUCCAGGCCCUCCUCCAGCAGCAGCAGGCCGUCAUGCUGCAGCAGCAACACCUGCAGGAGUUCUAUAAGAAGCAGCAGGAGCAGCUUCAUCUCCAGCUUCUCCAGCAGCAACACCCUGGCAAGCAAGCUAAAGAGCAACAGCAGCAGCAGCAGCAACUGGCCGCCCAGCAGCUCGUCUUUCAGCAGCAGCUCCUGCAGAUGCAGCAGCUCCAGCAGCAGCAGCACCUGCUCAACAUGCAGCGGCAGGGCCUGCUGUCCCUGCCGGGGCCGGCCCCUGGCCAGGCCGCCCUGCCCGGACAGACACUGCCCCCGCCAGGUGGCCUGAGCCCCGCAGAGCUCCAGCAGUUAUGGAAGGACGUGACCGGAGGUGGCGGCGGCGGCGGAGGUGGCGGCGGCGGCCAUGCCAUGGAGGACAACGGCAUCAAACACAACGGCGGCGGCUGCAACACGGUCACCGGCGGCCUCGACCUAUCCACCACCACCAACAACCACAACAACAACAACUCUUUGACAACUACCUCCUCCUCCAACCCCGCUAAAGCCUCGCCGCCCAUCUCGCACCACUCCAUCGUCAACGGACAGUCCCCCGUCCUCAACCACAGACGAGAGAGGGAGCGGGAAAGGGAGCGAGAGAGUUCACAACACGAGGAAAACGGAGGCUCCCAUCCCUUGUACGGUCACGGCGUGUGCAAGUGGCCCGGCUGCGAGAGCAUCUGCGACGACUUCGGGCAGUUUUUGAAGCACCUAAACAACGAGCACGCCCUGGAUGAUCGGAGCACAGCCCAGUGUCGGGUCCAGAUGCAGGUGGUCCAGCAGCUGGAAAUCCAACUUUCCAAAGAACGUGAGCGUCUCCAGGCCAUGAUGACCCACUUGCACAUGCGGCCCUCCGAACCCAAGUCAUCUCCCAAACCACUCAACUUGGUGUCCAGCGUCACCAUGUCCAAAAAUCUUCCCUCGGCGUCCCCCCCUAACUUACCGCAGACGCCCACCACCCCCACGGCCCCCAUCACCCCCAUGGCGGCCAUGCCCCAGGUCCCGUCGGUGCUGGGCGGCGCCAACGUGCCCAGCAUGGGAGCUAUGCGGCGACGCCACACGGACAAAUACUCCAUGCCGCUGUCGUCGGGUGGUGACACAGUAUUUAUUUUUCCAGAGAUCGCCCCAAACUACGAGUUUUAUAAGAACGCGGAUGUCAGACCGCCGUUUACUUAUGCAACCCUCAUAAGACAGGCCAUCAUGGACUCGGCCGACAUGCAGUUAACGCUUAAUGAAAUCUACAGCUGGUUCACGCGCACCUUCGCCUACUUCCGACGCAAUGCCGCCACCUGGAAGAACGCCGUGCGCCACAACCUCAGCCUGCACAAGUGCUUUGUGCGCGUGGAGAACGUGAAAGGCGCCGUGUGGACGGUGGACGAGGUGGAGUACCAGAAACGCCGGUCGCAGAAGAUCACAGGAAGCCCGUCACUCGUCAAGAACCUGCCCUCCAGUCUGGGCUACGGCUCUGCACUAAACGCCAGCCUCCAGGCCGCUCUAGCGGAGACCACCCUCCCUCUACUGGGUACCCCCGGCCUCAUGAACAGCUCGGGUCCCAUGGGUGGCUGCCACGGCCUCCUGGGCGGCGACCCCUCCGGACUGAUGGGCGGCAGUCCGCCUGGGCUGCUUGGCGGCAGCCCGCCGGGACUCCUCGGCAUCAGCCCUCCUGGCACGCUGAGUGGCAGCCCCCCUACCCUGUUGCAGUCCGCCCACGAUGACCUCAACGGCUCCCUGGACCACCUGGACACCAACGGACACAGCAGCCCCGGGUACUCCCCACAUGGGCACAUGCCGCCCGUGCACGUGAAGGAGGAGCCUCUAAACAUGGACGACGAUGACUGCCCCAUGUCGCUGGUGACGACGGCCAAUCACAGUCCAGAGCUGGACGACGACCGGGAGCUGGAGGAAGGGAACUUAUCAGAAGACCUGGAGUGACUCGGUGUGUUUUGUUUUUUGGGGGGUUUUUUGCUAUCCCUUCUGCCCAGACUUGGAAAAUCACUCCGACAUCCGCCCACUCUCCUUUUGUCCCCCCCCCCCCUUCUCACCACUGGGACUAUUUAUUGAGCAUGCAUCCGGAUGGACGCAAAAACGUCCCAGGCAUGAGAUGCCUGGGAUCAAAACUGAUCCAAGAUGGCCACUACAGGAUGAUGGACUCACUGACGGAUGAAAGGGAGGACACAAAUGCCGUCAAAACCAAAACACAAAAAACAACAAAGGACCACAUUUUUUGUCAAUACCCACAGUAGUUUUCGAUGUCUAGAGACAAUUGCUGGUUGGACUCAUCAUUCAUCUUUUUCCCCCCCAUAUCACCAACUGUAAAUGCCAUCCCUUCAGUCAUAGAGUAAAAAAAAAAAAAAGAAAAGGAAUAAUGACACCUGUCCUCCUCACCUCCACCUUGGAAAAAAAAGCUUUGUCUCCCUGCAAGCAGUCACAGGCAACAGCUAGAAACCAAAGCCCACACUAGCAAAGGCCAAUAGCUUAUUACUCAACACAAAGACGCCACUUUAAGCAAGACGACCAAGACAAACUACCUUCCAAGAACCUCUGGGAUUGUUUCCUGUCGAUGGAGAUGUGUGCCGACAAAUACCGCAUACAUACGUACAUGCAUACAUACAUACAUACGUACAUACGUACGUACGUACAUACAUACAUACAUACAUGCAUCCAUACGUACGUACAUGCAUACAUACGUACAUACGUACGUACGUACAUGCAUACAUACGUACGUACAUGCAUACAUACGUACGUACAUGCAUACAUACGUACAUACAUAUGUACGUACAUACAUACAUACAUACACACAUACAUACAUGCAUACAUACAUACGUACAUACGUACAUGCGAACAUACAUACCUACAUGCAUACAUACAUACAUGCAUACAUGCGUACAUAUGCACGUACAUGCAUACAUACAUACGUACAUGCAUACAUGCAUACAUGCAUACAUACAUACGUACGUACAUACGCACAUGCAUACAUAGCUGCAGGCCAGAGAGGAGCUAAAUGUCAAAGUGGAUCAUGACCAAAACAAAGUAUUUGUGCAGAAUCAUUGUGUCGCUGUUGUUUGUUUUCAAAGCAUCUUUAUGUUGUUGUUUUCUUUCAAACAAGCUGGUGAAUAUGUAAAGUUCUCAAAGGCACUGUCACAAACUGAAAACACCAAACAUGACACAAAUAUCUAGCAAAGCCAAAUAGUAUUCAAGUGGAAAUAAUAAUAAUAAUAAUAUGAAUAACACUGCUAAGGAUAAUAAUAAUGAUUCUAAUAAUAUUAUUAAUAAUAGCCAUGUCAGAAAGGUGAAAGGGAACCUUUUCUAGUGGUUACCGCGGUGACGGGGGGUCAUCUAGAAAAGUGUUGUUGCUUUAAUCCACGGUCAUUUCUGUUUUCGGGAAACCAAAGUUACACAAAAUUCUGCCUCCUCUUGUGUGGCAUGGAUCAGACAGAUGCAGCUCAUGGGGAUUUCUGUAGGAGUUUCUACAAAAAUGCUUUGUGUUUAGUAGGAAACCAACGUACUUUAACGAUAGGAGCGUUAAGAAGACGAUACAGCCUAAUGUCGGCCAUAUUUGUGGAGUAUUUUCCAACAUGCCGGCGGUGUUUAUGGCGCAACACAUGUCCCGUGUUUGUGUAUUGUGCUUCAACAUGUCCACCAUGUUUGUGGAGUACGUAUCAGUGUAUCUGCAUUGUUUGUGGAAUACUUGCUCCACGUGUCGGCCAUAUCUGUGGAGUGUUCAGCAACAUGUCCGCCAUGUCUGCGCAGAAACAUAUCUGCCAUGUUUCUGGAGUACGCAACAACGUGCCCGCCGUGAUUGUGGAAUACUUUCUCAACAUGUCGGCCAUUUUUGUGGAAUGUGUUACAAUCUGUCCCCCAUGUUUGUGUAAAAACAUGUCGGCCAUGACUGUGGAAUACCUUGUCGGCCGUAUUUGUGGCGUGCUCAGCAACUUGUCGUCCAUGUUUGUGCGGAAACAUGUCUGCCAUGAUUGCGGAAUGCUUUCUGGUCAUGUCGGCCAUUUUUGUGGACCGUGUUCACAUGUCCGCUAUGUUUGUGGGAUAGUUUGUCAAAAUGUCCAUGUUUGCCAGAUACUGAACAUGUCCGCAACAUAUCCGCCAUCUUUAUGGAGUAUUUAAGAUGUCGGCCAUGUGUAUGGAGUAUGUUGCGGCAUGCCUGCCACAUUUGUGAACCGUGUUGCAAGAUGUCUGCCAUAUAGCCACCAUAGCCACCAUAUUUGUGGAACAACGUGUCUGUUGCAACAUAUCCACCCAUUUUUGUGGCGCAUUCAGCAACAUGUCCACCAUAUUCUUUUACGUCGAUCAUAUUUGUUGAGUCCCUUGCACCAUGUCGGCCAUGUUUGUGGAGUACUGGUAUUGCGUAGAGGUUUUUUUUGUAUGAUUUCCUACAAAAUACUCAUGAGAUGAUAGUACGUGAGCACAGUUUGUCAUCUGCUAGCGUUUCGAACCGCGGAACAAGGCAUGCCGUCAAAGAGCCGCGACGCGUCGGCCUGCUAACAACCAAAGCGGAAAACACGCCGCACAAGCUCGCCAAACAAGCAUUUAGCUUUGAGAACCAACACGUGCUAGUUUUACAUCGGGAGGGGCCUGCUACUGAAAAAAAACUCAGUCAACAGAAGGACUUGUUAAGUAAUCACACCAAAUAAAACGGAUGUUACGUCUUUAACAAAAAAAAGGGGUCUCCCACUUGUUCCCAAAAAGAAAAACAAAAGGCUUUGUAAAAGCUUCUACCUCUCUGCACAACACGUUCCGAACAAUUACGACAGAUCCGACGUUUACAUUCCUUGCGUCAAGAUACGGAAGAUUUGCAUCGUAAUCAAACCUUUGUAGAGUGAUGAUGUAUAGAUUACCUGUAAGGGAAUAUUGUGUUUUAAACAUGCAUGUCAAAAAAAAAAGAAAAACAUUUGGUGGACAGAAGAAGAGAAAGUAAAUAGAAAGGAGGGCGAUGACGGCCUAGCGAUACGUAUAACAAUGCAUAGGAAUGCAUUACCUCAGAGUUUGGGGAGGGUGAGCCACAGAAUGCAUAUUACCUGUAGAUUUGCAUGGGUUUUGUAUAAAUUAAGUCAGAAAAAAAGUCUAAAAUAGUUUGCUUGCACAUAAUACCAGAAAGACCUCCAGAAAACUUGCUCCUCCACUAGAUUUUAGAUUGUCUGGAUUUUCUGGGGUUCAUUUUGUCUGUAAUUUUGAUAACUGUGCAUACUUAUGUAAAGAAAAAAAAAAACAACAAUGUUGGUGGACCCAUACAUUUACCAGACUUUUUUCUAAAGACCGGGAGGGAAAACUUUAAUUCUGUGUUUCUUUUA